AUGUCAUCAAAAGAUCAGAUCAGAAUACCGAAGUCAGCGUAUCCCAAGGCAUAUCCAGAGUUUGAUUCCUCGUUUAUGGAUGAUUCGAUAGAAGGUGAUAUCUCAUUAAGUAGAGAUUUCAACGAUGCUGCUAAUUCAUCAACAACUUUGAAUGGGAAUAUCAACGAUUUGAACUCAUUAAACUCCAAUGAUUCAUUUGAUGAUAUCUUGGAAUCACCAAUUUCUUCAAAACAACAAUCUACAAUUUUCAAAGAACCACAAUCCCCCAAACCAAGAGGUUAUGAAUUCAAAUUAAAGAGUUCAAAUUGCACAGUUUAUUUAACUUAUCCAGUAACAAACAUCGAUAUUGAUAACUAUGGGAAAGUGGAUUAUGAAUUACAUACAAAAGAGAACGCAAUGGUUGUUAUUAUCCCAAAUUCUAAAGGGUUAAGUGUUAAUAAUAAGAAAUUGGCCGAUGCUUACGCUAUAAGAACAGGUUGUGUUACCGCUGUGUUGGAUGUUUAUUUUGGUGACUUCUUAGAUCAACCUACUGUUCAACCAAAUGAUGAGCUAAAAGAGGUUUCUUUUAUUGAUCGAUUCAAAAAUUUGACUUUUGAAAUGGCGGCUAAUGUUAAGAUUCAAUAUUGGAUUCAAUCACAUUCAUUUUUUGGCUCGUUUAAUGAAUCGGAUGGUUCUUUCCAAUCUACUUCUAAUUGGAUCACUGUGGAAAGUGCUAUUGAUGAAUUGUUGACAAAUCAUAAAGUGACAAAUGCUGUGUUGAUUGGGUUUUCAUUUGGAUGUAAUACUGUUCUUAGAUCAGCUGUUGAUAAUAAAGAUGAUAGAAUUAAAAGUAUAAUCGCUGUUCAUCCAUUAUUAAUCCCCAAGAAUGUUUUUGAGCAUAUCAACAAAUCAACGUUUUUGAUUACAGGUCCACCUGAUAAGUUUUAUUCAAAUGAAGAACUACAAAAAUAUAGACAAGAUUUGAAAGGUCGUAAUGAUCCAGAUUAUAAAUAUUUACAAUUCACUUCCAAAAAGGAUAUACCUCAUGGCUUUGCAAUUGCUGGUGAUUAUCCACCAAUGAAAGUUUCGAAUUUUCCUACACAAACUGCUCAACAUAUAACGUCCUGGAUUUUGCAACACAUUUAA